CAUCUACCACAGAUGCAGCCCAGCCUGGGACUCAGCGCUGCCCCUCGCCAGGCUGAGCAGGGUGGCACGGACCCUGCGCUGCCCCACCCCCUACCUGGGGACCACCGGGGACAGCACCGCCCCCUUCUGGGCAUAACGGAGUCACCACAUUAGUAAUCACCCAACAGCCGGUGCUGCCAGAAUGCCAUGCAGCCAUCUCUGGGGUGGGGCGUGGGGCUGUUUAUACAGGGAUCAGCCGGCUGGUGCUGAGAUGCAGCCACCUCUGCGGGGAGGUAGGAUAUAUAAACACAGUCACCCAGCAACAGUGCCCAGCAAUUUGGGACAGGAAGUGAAAACAAGUGAAGUUUCUAUGUGAAGCUAUGUGGGGAGAAACCCUGAAUUCAAACGGGGAGAAAAGCAGCCUAGGCCAGGUGGGCCCUGCUGCUCCACCCCACACCACAACCCCAGCUGGGUCCUGCUGCUGCUCCCCCGCCCCUGAAGGGAAUGGCCCCCGGACAGCUUGGUGAUGGGACAAUGGACACUUUAAUGAUGGCACCGUGGGCCUGGUCCCCUCCUUGCUUGCGUCUCCCCCCUGCCCUCCCCCACCCCUUCCAACUGCUCUGUCACUGUAGCCCCCUCCAUCUCCCUGGUGCCACUCCACCCCCUACCCUGUCCAUCUCCUCCACACCCACCCACCCCUCCACCCCCUCCUGCUCUGCAUUCCCACCAUCCCCCUUAUUCCCGGCCCCUCCCCAUCCAGCCGCCGCUCACAGCUCGCUUGCCAAUCUGUCUGCACUCUGCAGAACACUCACAGUGGCUAGGGCGGGGUGGGCCCGGGGGCCCGCUACCCACACCCCAGUCUCGCAUGGCCCAAGCUGCCUGCUGGCCCAUGGCCGGGCAGGGCUUAGGAGAUUUAACAUUCCAUAUUUAGCUGCAGGAUGAGGAAUUACGGUGCCAGGGAGGACAGAGCCGCGGCAGCCCCUGCAGUGCAUGUGUCCCUGGGGCUGCCAGGGGGCGAGCCGGCUGCAGGGCACCAUGGGGGGCGCCAGGAAGGCCCCGAGGAGUUAACUGAAACUUGCCAGAGAUCAGAGGGCUGGUGCCAAGUGGUGACGGCCCAGGGCACCAGGCCUGGGCACUGGGUGAUUCCCCACGGCACUUGGUUGGGGGCACCAGGCCUGGAAAUAGGGUGAGUACCCAGGGCACAGGAUGGCGACCUUUGUGCGGCUGCUGGUGUCGCAGGCGGAGCGGGUGGUUUCGCGUCUCUUCAAGGCGGAGCGUGGCGAGGGGCCCGGCUCCUUCCUGGAGGCGCCACGGACGGAGAAGCUGCUGGAGCGGGGCGAGGGGGGCGGGCUGCGCUAUGGGCUGGGCGCCAUGCAGGGCUGGCGGGCACACAUGGAGGACGCUCACACGGCUCAGCCCCAGCUGCCAGGUGCCCUGGCCACCUGGGCCUUCUUUGCCGUGUACGACGGGCACGCAGGCAGCACGGUGGCGCAGUUCUGUGCCUGCCACCUGCUGGGGGAGGUGGUGGUGGGCGAGGCCUUCACAGGGGAGGCGGAGUCGCCUGAGGCGGUGAAGGAGGCGGUGCGGGAGGGCUUCCUGCGCAUCGACAGCCGCAUGCAGGCGCUGGCCCGCGCCGAGGGGUGGGAGCACGCCGGCUCCACCGCCGUGGCCGUGCUGGUCUCGCCAGGCCACCUCUACUUCAUCAACCUGGGCGACUCGCGGGCGCUGCUGUGCCGGGCCGGCCGCCUCACCUUCUACACGGAGGACCACAAGCCCAGCCAGCCGCGGGAGCGGGAGCGCAUCGAGAACGCCGGCGGCACCGUCCUGCUGCAGCGCGUCAACGGCUCCUUGGCCGUCUCCCGCGCCCUGGGCGACUUCGACUACAAGGCCGUGGCCUGGCGGGGCCAGACGGAGCAGCUGGUGUCGCCCGAGCCCGAGGUGUACGAGCUGCCGCGCUGCCCCGGCGAGGACGAGUUCCUGGUGCUGGCUUGCGACGGCGUCUGGGACGCCUUCGACACCGAGGGGCUCUGCGCCUUCGUCCGCUCCCGCCUGCUGCUCGGCGGGGACCCACAGGCCGUGUGCGAGGAGGUCCUGGACGCUGGGCUCUACAAGGGAAGCCGCGACAACAUGACCUGCAUGGUGGUGUGUUUCCGGGGGGCCCCUGGCACCUCCCAGGCUGCCCUGCAGAAGGAGAGGGAGCUGGACGCACACCUGGAGAGCCGGGUGGCAGAGCUGUACGGGGAGCUGCAGGAGCAGGGGGCUGCCAGCCUCGUGGCCAUCUUCCAGUGCCUGGCGUCCGAGGUGAACCCCAGCCUGCCCCCCGGCGGGGGUCUGGCCAGCAAGUGA